AUGAGAUGUAUAAGUAACAGUAUAAAUCAAACCUUUCCAAUAAAAUUUAAUUGCAAUGGACUGUAUCAUUGUAAUAUACCUGCUCUUUACCAUAAUUUUGCAAAAUCUGUUCCAACGAUAGGAUCAGCUUUUCUAUUGAGCCAAAAGAUUUCCAAAUUUUUAAAAUUCCUCAUUAAUUAUAUUAAUCGUUAUGAUCCAGAGCCUUCUAGACAACGCAAAAAGGAUUAUUAUGAACUUUUAGGAGUCGAUAAAAAAGCUUCUCAAGCCGAGAUCAAGAAGGCAUAUUAUAGUCUUGCAAAGAAGUAUCAUCCGGAUACAAAUAAAGACCCUACAUCAAAAGAAAAAUUUGUACAAAUUCAGGAAGCAUAUGAUAUGUUAAGUGACGAGGAGAAAAGAGCGCAAUAUGAUCAAUUUGGAGCAUCGUUUGCAGAAGGCGGCCCAACUGGAGCAGGCGGUUUUCCAGGUUUUGGUGGAUUUGGAGGAUUUAGUGGAUCAACAGACUUUUUUGACCUUUUUGAAGGAUUUAAUAGAAGAUCAAGGGGUACAGGAUUUUCAACUGGAUCAGAUAUAGAAGUAGGAUUAAAUAUAUCAUUCAUGGAUGCAAUAAAAGGAACAACAAAAACUAUUACAGUAGAAUCGGUUGCAACUUGUAAACCAUGUAAAGGUACUGGAUCUAAAGGAGGCAAAAAGGAUACAUGUAAAACAUGUAAUGGCACUGGAGUACAAUUUAUACAAAUUAAUUCUGGAUUUCACAUGCAAACUGCGUGUCCUGAGUGUAAUGGCAAAGGUACUAAAAUACCUGUGGCAAACCAAUGUCCCACUUGCGGUGGUCACGGGCAAAUCAAAGAAAGAAGACCUGUUUCAAUUCCAAUUCCUUCAGGAGUUGAAGAUGGAAUCGCGCUCCGCAUGCCGAAACAAGGAAAUAUGCCACUUGGUAAUGAAGGAGUUCCAGGAGAUUUAUAUGUUAGAUUACAUGUUGCGCCACAUGAAAUAUUUAAACGUCAAGGGUUAAACAUCCAUGUUGAUACAAUGAUUCCAUUUUACACUGCCAUAUUGGGAGGAUAUAUACGAGUACCUACUAUAGAUGGAAAUGUUGAACUUAAAGUUCCUCCGGGUGCUCAACCAGAACAACAAGCUCUUAUGAAAAAGCGUGGUAUACAACAAGCGAAUAGUAAUUAUCGCGGUGAUCAGAUCGUUACUUUUAAAGUUACUAUACCAAAAACACUUACAACUAAACAACGUGAAUUAAUUGAUCAGUUCGUAUCUAUAUCUGAGGGAACUAAGUCCAAAUAG